AUGGGUCGCGAGGCAAUCCGGACAGCUAUUAGCGUUGAUCGCAACAAGCCUGCAUCCGGCCAAACGGGUCUUCAUAACCGUUGGCACCCAGACAUCCCCGCGGCUGCGUCUGUGAAGAACGGCGAGACUGUCAAGAUCGAAUGUCUGGACUGGACUGGCGGGCAGAUCAAGAAUAAUGAUUCUGCCGAUGAUGUGCGUGAUGUGGACUUGACGCAGAUCCAUUAUCUCACAGGGCCCUUUGACGUCGAGACGGCUGAACCGGGCGAUGUUCUCCUUGUCGAGAUCCAAGAUGUUCAGCCGUUCGAAGAUGAGCCCUGGGGGUUUACUGGAGUCUUCGAUAAAAAUAAUGGAGGCGGAUUUCUAUCUGAAUUCUACCCGAAAGCGGCCAAAGCAAUUUGGGAUUUUGAGGGAAUCUUCUGCUCUUCUAGACACAUUCCUGGCGUUCGCUUCGCCGGAUUGAUCCACCCCGGUAUUCUCGGCUGCGCACCUUCCGGCGAAGUUCUACAGGAAUGGACGCGACGGGAGUCGGAAUUGGUGCAGGCUCACGGUGUGGACGUCGCAAAGCUCCCAGAAACGCGUAAUGCCCAUGGCGGCGCUGCAACUGGUGAUCUUCUUACUAGAAUCUGCAAUGAAGGAGCCAGGACUAUCCCAGGUCGCCCUGAACACGGUGGAAACUGUGACAUUAAAAACCUCAGCCGAGGCUCCAAGGUAUACCUCCCUGUUCAUGUUGCAGGCGCCAAAUUCUCUGUCGGCGACCUCCAUUUCUCACAGGGGGAUGGCGAAAUCUCCUUCUGCGGUGCCAUCGAAAUGGCUGGAAUCAUCACCAUCAAAUUCACCGUGAUCAAGAAUGGCAUGGCCCAAAUGGCUAUGAAGUCGCCACUCUUUAUCCCCGGUCCAGUUGAACCCCAGUUCGGACCUGGUAGGUACCUGACGUUCGAAGGGUUUUCAGUAGACCAUACUGGUAGGCAACACUAUCUAGAUGCCACCGUUGCUUACCGUGAGACGUGCCUGCGUUGCAUUGAAUAUUUGAGAAGAUAUGGAUACAGUGACUAUCAGGUCUAUUUAUUGCUCAGCUGUGCACCAGUUCAGGGGCAUAUUGCUGGAUUAGUAGAUAUUCCAAACGCAUGUACGACGCUGGGGCUGCCAAUGGAUAUCUUUGAUUUUGAUAUUCGGCCUGAAACCCUUGCAAAGAAAGGAGAUAUGGGAAGCUGUGCUUUUACAAGCGAUGCCUAA